AUGUUUCAAGGAAAUGCGGGUUUAAAACCGAAAGAAGGUGAAGUCACUUCGAAGCCCUGGCAAUGGCCUAUUAAUUACAGGNUGCUUGGGACUUGGAAACUUUCCUUUUUGAGUGUAUGCUUGUUAACAAUUUUAACAAGAUUUUACAAAGUGUCAGAGCCGGAUCAUGUAUGCUGGGAUGAAACACAUUUUGGAAAAAUGAGUAGCUGGUAUAUUAACAGAACUUUUUUCUUUGAUGUGCACCCUCCACUAGGAAAGAUGCUUAUAGGUCUUGCGGGAUACUUAACAGGAUAUGAUGGCAGAUUCGCUUUUGAAAAACCAGGAGAUAAAUAUGAAAAUACAAGCUACUUAGGAAUGAGAAUUUUUUGCACAAGCAUGGGAGCUACAAUUGUUCCAUUUUCAUUUUUAAUCGUUGAUGAAAUGACUAAUUCAUUAAGAGCUUCCAUAUUAAGUUCUUUAUUAAUUUUGUUUGAUGUAGGAUUAAUAACUUUAACACAGUACAUUCUUUUGGAUCCCUUACUUUUGUGCUUUAUGAUGGGUUCAAUAUUAGGAGCUGUAAAAGUUUCUUCAUCGAAAACUAAAGAGUUUUCAAAAUUGUGGUGGUCUUGGUUGAUAUUCACAGGAACAAUGUUAGCAUGCUGUGUUUCAGUAAAAUUUGUGGGUCUGUUUCCUGUUAUUUUGGUGGGAUUAAUCACCAUAUCAGAUUUAUGGAACAUUUUAGGAGAUUUAAGUAGACCAGUGAUCGAUACUGUUAAACAUUUCCUUGCAAGAAGUGUCUGUUUAAUUGUUUGGCCCAUAUGCUUGUAUGUAUUAUUUUUCUACAUUCAUCUAACUGUUCUCAAUCGCAGUGGAAAUGGGGAUGGUUUUUACAGUUCUGCAUUUCAGUCACAACUCAUCGGUAAUAGUCUUCAUAACGCAAGCAUGCCUAGGAAUGUUGCUUAUGGAGCAGUGAUAACUUUGAAAAAUCACAAAACAGGGGGAGGCUACCUCCAUUCACAUUAUCAUUUAUAUCCCGAGGGUGUCGGGUCUCGUCAACAACAGAUAACAACCUACACUCAUAAGGAUGACAAUAACAAGUGGUUAAUAAAAAAAUACGACACUAACGAAAUAAAGGGGGUUGAAAUUGUAAAGAGCGGUGAUUUAGUUCGCUUAGAACAUGUAGCUACAAAAAGAAAUCUUCAUUCCCAUAAGGAACCAGCACCGAUCACACCAAAACAUUAUCAAGUAACUGGAUAUGGAGAAAACGGUACUGGAGAUGCUAACGACGUCUGGCGCAUCUCUGUAUUAGAUGCUACUGAGGGCACAGAAGUGGCAACAGUUAGCAGUAAAUUAAGAUUCGUACAUUAUCUUCAACUUUGUGCUUUAACGACGACUGGGAAGCAGCUACCGAAAUGGGCCUAUGAACAGCACGAAGUGACCUGCACUUCUAAUCUUAGAGAUUCAAACUCUAUUUGGAAUGUGGAAGAAAAUUACUUCGAAAAACUGCCUAAUGUCAGUUUUAAAGUAUACGCUCCAAAUUUUUGGGAGAGGUUCCUAGAAUCCCAUGCAGUAAUGUUUCAAGGAAAUGCGGGUUUAAAACCGAAAGAAGGUGAAGUCACUUCGAAGCCCUGGCAAUGGCCUAUUAAUUACAGGGGACUAUUUUUUUCUGGAUCACAGUACAGAGUGUAUUUAUUGGGUAAUCCCAUAAUUUGGUGGAUGAAUUUGGCAUUCUUGUUACUUUUCGUCUUAAUUUUUACAUUUAAUUGUGUCAAACUUAAAAGAGGAUACAUUAAGUCGUUUUCUGAUUAUCACAAACAAAAACUGGUCACUGGGGCUUGGUUUUUCAUCGCCUGGUUAUUACUUUAUGUUCCAUUUUGGGGUAUGGGAAGGGUUUUAUAUUUUCAUCAUUAUUUCCCAGCACUUUUGUUCAGUUCCAUGUUAACAGGUGUAGUUUUGGAUUAUUUGCUUGAUGAAAUUCCAAGACUAUUCGGGGAAAAGCUAUCUUCCACUUUUUACCAUACAAUCCUAGGAAUUAUAAUUUCUUCGAUUAUUUAUAGUUUUAUAUUGUUUUCUCCAUUAACUUAUGGAAUGAGCGGACCUCCUGGUAAUGAAGCUAAUUCAAGUAUGUACAAACUGAAAUGGUUGGACACAUGGGAGUUUUAAAUUUUAGAUUAAAUAGUUUUACUUUAUUAAACAAAAAUUAAGUAAAUAUAAAAAUAGUUUUUUAGUUUUUUGUUAAACAAAGUAAUAAAUUAAUUAUUUAUAUUAAUCAUGGUUUAAUGACAACAAUGUGUUAUUUUAUAUUGAAAAGGGUCUUUAUAUAUCUAUACUUGUUUCAAAUAUGCCAAAAAAGUACAAAAUUUGAAACAUUUAAGGCAAUAUGAAUAAUUGGAGUUCAAA